GUGGGCGUGGCUAGAACGUCCGCGAGAGAAGUGGGUGUGAGGCUCCCCAAGGCGCCUGGGUCGCUCGCGUGGACCGGGCGCUGGGCCGCCUGCACCCGCAGCUCCCCGCUUAGAGCCCGAUGGCGGCCGCACCCAGGCGCCCGGCUGAGGACCCCGUGACCUUUGACGACGUGGCCGUGUACUUCUCCCGGGAGGAGUGGGGGCUCCUGGACGAGGCUCAGAGACGCCUGUACCACGAGGUGAUGCUGGAGAACUUGGCCCUUGCAUCCUCUGUGGGUGGCUGCUGUGGAGCAGAGGAUGCAGACGCUCCCUGUGAACAGAGUGCUUCUGUAGGAGGGUCACCGUCCAGGCCCUCCAAGGUGGCUGUGUCUUCCCUGAAGACCCACUUCUGUGAGAGCUGUGGACCCAUCUUGAGAGACAUAUUCCAUUUGGCCGAGCCCCAAGGAACACCACACAGCCAGAACGUGGUCAGGUGUGGGGUAGGUAGGAAACAAUUUUAUUUGGGUACAAACUUCCAAAUUCACCAGAAGCAGCACCUGGCAAAGAAGCCCUUAGGAAGCUGUGUGGACAGGGCUCUGCUUGUGAAGAGCGAUAAAUUCAAUCAGCAUCGAAGAUUUCGUGGUGGCCCAAGGCAGUACAAGUGCAGCAAUUGUGGGAAGUCCUUUCACCCAAAAUCUGUGCUCAUUUAUCCCUGGAGAAGUCACACUGGGGAAAACUGUGAGUUGUGCCGUGAAUGUGCACAAUGUUUUAGCCGUAGAUGCAUCCUCAUUCGACAACAGACCGUUCACUCUGGAGAAAGGCCUUAUGAGUCCCUUGAAUGUCGGAAAUCAUUUAGCCAACUGUCUUCCCUCACUCAACAUCAGAUAGUUCAUAGUGGAAGAAAGUCUUAUGAAUGUAGUGAAUGUAGGAAAUCUUUUACCUCUCAAUAUGGGCUUCGUUACCAUCUGAGAAUUCACACUGGAGACAGGCCUUAUCAGUGCAAUGAGUGUGGGAAAUCAUUUCCAAUUCGAUCCAAACUCUGUAGUCAUCAGAAAGUCCACACAGGAGAAAGACCUUACCAAUGCAGUGAAUGUGGGAAAUCUUUUACCCUUCACUAUUACCUUCUUAAACACCAGAAAACACAUACAGAAGAAAGGCCUUAUCAGUGCAGUGAAUGUGGGAAAAGCUUUACCCAAAAAUCUUAUCUUAUUACACACCAGAGACUUCACAGUGGAGAAAGGCCUUAUCAGUGCAGUGAAUGUGGGAAGUCGUUUUCCUGUCGUAUGUACCUCAAGAAUCAUCAGAUAGUGCACACAGGAGAGAGACCAUAUCAGUGUAGUCAUUGUGGGAAGUCUUUUAGUAGGAAGUCAAAUAUGGUUACACACCAGAGAAUUCACACUAGAGAAAGGCCUUAUCAGUGCAGUGAAUGUGGGAAAUCGUUUUCCUGUCGUUUCAUCCUCAAGAAUCAUCAGAUAGUGCACACAGGAGAAAGACUUUAUCAGUGUAGUCAGUGUGGGUGGUCUUUUAAGUCGAAGUCAAAUAUGGUUAAACACCAGAGAAUUCACACGGGAGGAAGGCCGUAUCAGUGCCGUGAAUGUGGGAAAUGUUUUGCCCAUAGUGACACUCUCUCUUAUCAUCAGAGACUUCACAAAGGAGAAAGGCCUUAUGAGUGCAGUGAAUGUGGGAAAUCUUUUAUCGAUCAUUCCAGACUUCGCUAUCAUCAGAGACUUCACACUGGAGUAAGUCCUUAAAGCAAUGAUGGCGAACCGUCGCAAACUCAUUUUUUUGGUCGAUUUUUUUUUUUUGUUAAAUGGCAUUUAAAUAUAUAAAAUAAAUAUUAAAAAUAUACAUCUUUGUUUUACUAUGGUUGCAAAUGUCAAAAAAUUUCUAUAUGUGACACGGCACCAGAGUUAAGUUAGGGUUUUUCAAAAUGCUGACACGCUGAGCUCAAAAGGUUCACCAUCACUGCCUGAAAGUGUGCUGAGAAUAUGCAACUUUCUGUUCUGUGUAACAACCCUGGAGCCAUCUGUUUGUAUUGAAACUCGUAUCCCUGAACAUGCAGACUGAAAAUUACCCAUAGUUCAUUUAUAUAGCAAGGAUGUGUAAAUAUGUUACACUUUUGACUUGCCCAUCAACCUUCCUAGAUUUAAGUUGCAAUCUAUGCACGUGCAAAACGCAAUUUAAAUGACCAUUCUUUUUCAUACAUUGGCCUUGUAAUUUAUUAAUAAACAAUUGAAAUUUGGA